AGACCAAGUUUACGUUUAACCUUCAAUCAAGGGAUGGACCCGCAAUGGCCCAAGCAAUGAAGCAACAUUUAGAACAAGUUUUGAGAACUAAAAUCCAAUCGGUACAGACUCUAUCACAAAUGGCUGAGGAACUUAAUGCAAACUACACAUAUGACAGCUCUCUUACAGUUGAUAAUUUUAAAUUCUAUGACAGCAAAUACCUUGAAGAAGCUGAUAACUUCACUCUAGUUGAAGUACCAACAUUUGCAAGUAUUCCAGUAAACAUGACUUACAGUACCGUCCAUGUACCAACAGAUGUAUACAAAGGAAGCAAAGUUAUCCUCAACUCUGCCAAAUGGACAGAAGGUCUUGAUAAGUACUUCAGAGAAAAUAUGGAAAAAGAACCUUCUCUGCUCUGGCAACUGGCUGGCACAUCAACAGGAGUCUACCGUGCAUACCCAGGCUACAAAUGGAGAACGCCAAACGACAAGGAUAUGUAUGAUCACCGAAGGAGAGGCUGGUACAUCCAAGGGUCCAGUUCACCAAAAGACAUGGUUAUUUUAUUAGACUUGAGUGGAAGUAUGACUGGGAGCAAGAUAGCAAUUGUUAAAUUGGCUGCCACAUAUCUUCUUGACACUCUGCAAGAAAAUGACUUUGUUAAUGUUGUUGUUUUUAAUAAAAAAGCCUAUAUGCUGUGCGAGUAUUUAACAUCAGACGAGACUAAGCUUGACCAAGUCAAAGGCGUCAACCUUGGGAACUGUAAUGACACUCUCCUUCAGGCAACAUACCAAAACAAAAAGUAUUUAAAGAAUCUAGUGACAUAUGUGUGGGCCACAGAGGUAGCAAAUGUGGAUAUGGGCUUUGUGAAAGCUGUCGAAGUACUGAAGAAAGCGCGAAACAACAACCAGACCAGCUCUGGCUGCAUCCAAACCAUUAACUUCUUCACGGACGGCGUCGAGGAUGUUGUACACAAGAAGACUAACGAUUUCCUAGAUGAUCCUGAAAUCCAGAAACUAGGUAUCCGCGUCUUUGGGUAUCUGGUCGGUCGGGAGAAGGGCAGUCCUUACAAACCUGUGCAAGAUAUCGCGUGCAGAAACAAGGGUUACUUUUACACCAUCGAGACUCUUUCGGAUGUCAGAGAGAACAUUUCCCCGUAUAUGACCGUGCUCGGGAGACCGCAAGGUUUGUCCCGGGACCGCAAUUUGACCUCCUGGACACCUAUUUAUCGUGAUGGCGGGGGUCUCGGCUUGAUGAUCACUGUUGUCGCGCCUAUCUUCGAUCGUAGGAACAAGAACAACCUUCUAGGCGUGGUCGGGACUGAUGUGGCUCUCCCACAACUCACGGCGUCCGUACCAUUUCACGAGGUCGGUGCUAAUGGAUACGGUUUCGCUACCAACAACAAUGGCUUCAUCCUGUUCCACCCCCUGCUCAAGGAGGGGAAUCCUAUCCCAGGCUCCGUUUCGCCCGACGCAGAGUUGCAAGAAUAUGAUCCUGACAAUCCACCAAACUUAGACCUCGCUGACGUGGAAUUGAAAAACGCAAAUCUAGACCAGCUUUCUCGGAGCAUGAUUGAUCGACUGACAGGAAAUGUGACCCUGAAGAACCAUCGCCUCAUUUCAAAAGACUUGAAGCGAAUCAGCCCCCAAAGAGAAUAUCACAUCUUCUUCACAGAAAUCAAUGGUACUUCUUACAGCUCUGCGGUUGCCAUUCCCACGUCGAGUUUGUACAAAAUGAAGUUCGGUACUGAAUAUCUAGGCUCGAAAGAUGAUCUCAUAAAGUCGGUUCAAGGAACGUUAACUCAAGUUGCUUCAUGGAAAAUCUGCGAGGGCAUCGUUCCGUUUGCUCGUAACAAUACGCCUCGGUACAUUCCUACCUACGCCAGCUGGCAAGACAUUAUAAGCAAUAUAUACAACGAUAUCACCAAAGCUAAGGACUUGUGUGAUGAAAGCCUCUUUUCCCAUCUCAUGUUUGACGCGAGUACCACCAGCAAACUCGUCAAUGAAUGGAACGUAGUUGAGAAUGACACGAGCGGCGUUCUGUCUGUUUUUGUUGGAACUAGUGGAGGAAUGGUCCGCUCACUAGCACCUGGGCAAGUAGACCCUCCAGUAUCGCGUGACAUGACUCGUGAGCCCGUGUACGAGCGGGCAGCCGAUUCCCCCGGUACCAUUGUUAUUUCUGCGCCUUACAAACAUCCAGAUGACAAAACCGAGGAUGACAAGGUCUUGAAUGCCAGUAUUGCGUUGACCAUCAACAAAAGUGGCAAGUCGACGGUAGCAGCAGUUGUUGGAAUACAGAUGAAGGACGACGCAAUUCUCCAAAAUAUCAUAUCAGGAACAGAGGCUUGUGCUGAUAAUGAGACACACUCGUGUUACUUGAUUGAUGAAGAUGCCUAUGUUGUCGCUUCAAAUCAAGACUCAGCAAAACAGGAGGUUGGUAAAUCGUUUGGUGCAGUGUAUGGCCAAGUCAUGGAGAAGAUGGUCAAUGAGUCUCUCUUUCAACGCUUUUAUUUCGAUGACAUCCAAGCAAAGUGUUCCAAGCAGCAGAAUACUGCGUCCAGUGCGAUGCGACAUUUGAAUCCCUUGAUGGCGCUUUCAAGCUAUGCCAUUUGGUGGACACAGUCAUUGAUCUGGACGCUGGCCCAGUUCAACGUCUUCAGUCUGUUUAGCAGCAAGACGCAAGUUUUGGCUGAAGAUGACCCUUCGAUGAUAUCGUGCACUAAGAGAAUUCAGUUCUUCAAAGCAAACCCAGAUGCCAUGAAGAAUGGGUACAACCCUCCAAAUGUUGACUCUGCAAUAGACUGUAAUAGCGACAGAGUGGACUGCUUUAAACCCUACUUCUUAGCAACAGCAGUACCUGACACCAACCUCGUUCUAGUUAUUGUCAAACAUUGUAGUAAAUGUCGAAAAAUGAAGAUGUCUACACUUCCUCAGCAAGUGGAGAACGCACCUUUCACACCACCCAGUGAGCGUUACAGACGGUUACCACAGCUCAAAUGCUAUGCAUCAAGUGAAUUUGAGGAUAAGACUUGUUCUUCAGUCUCCAGUGUUACACCUUUGACCCAUCUCCUCUUCGCCUCGUUGCUGGUCUUCAUGUGGUUGUUGCGCUAGCAGUUUGUGAACUGACCAAGUAAUCACACUCUUCCUGGACUUCAGUGAAGGUAGAGAGAUAUAGAUAUUUAUUGUUAGAAUUCUCAACCAGACCACCGCUCCACCAAGCUGGCUGAGAAACGAUGAAGCGACAGAAAUUAGGAGAAAGACAGUAGUAUUUAUUGAUGCGAAGUACUUUAUAGCAUUUAUGUAGAUAGUUAAAAAAAAAACAGUCAUCUUGCAGAGGCUUAACAUUCUUAGAGAUAAGAAUGUGGGUACAUACCUUUCUGAUAGUGACAGAGUGGAUUAUAUAGGGUUGUAAACAGUGGAACGCCAAACACCUAUUCAUAGGACUAAUGUUGGGAAUAUCCCCCUGCCUAGUAGAUGUUUGCUUCAAAAUGGCAAGGGUUUAUUAAAUAAAAAGAAAUAACCUUUAUUAACUGGUAAGGGAAGAAUACACCUUCAGAUGCUUAUUGAUAAAGGCAACACACAGUUCUUGUACACAGUAUAGUGUUUAGCUUUCUUCAAAUACUUUCAUAAGAUUAUUACACAGGGACAUUUCCAAGAAGCUGGGGGGAAAGGUCCGAAGGUUCUGGAACACCAUAAUUCAACAUGUAAAGGUUUUAUUAACAUGUAAAGAGCCUGGGGAAUAGCAAGUGGGGCCCCCUUUCAAAAUGCCCUUUUCACUGUUAGUACAUAAUCAGGAUAAGACACAGUUUGUCUAGAAUACAUAAUAAGAGAAAACAUUCAUGGAUUAUUGUUGAAUAAUUGAUUUUUUUAAGUAUUCAUGAAGUAAAUUUUUGAUUUUUUUUAAUGUAGUAGACUUUUGAAAUUAUUCAUUUUCACAGCUACGAAAAGUUCAUUUUAUAUAAUAAAGUAGAAUCCAUAGUGAUGUACUAGAGCUUGCAUAAACUGGACCCAAUCAGAUAUAUACACCUAUUUCACAAAAGGUUGUCAGUGCAAAUUGUGAAUGGCAAAUGGUUAAUGGCUUAUAGGUCCAGCAAUGUCAGAGCCAAGCAUUGGUAACCGUUAAUGGAUAAUUGUUUUGAUUUAUCCAUAUUCUUCAAGAGGCAUGGUUACUGUACGUUUGGUUGGUACUGCCAUUUGCCAAUUGCCAUUUGCACUAACAACCUUUAUUGAAAUAGGUGUAUACAAAGCUGUUAACAAAUGCACUGCAAAAAUCUGUUACUUGAGUCUAAUGUAUACAAGUUCUACUGUACAAUAGAAUUACAACUUUAUUUACCAAUUUACAUAAAAGGUUUCCUAAAAAAACAAUUUUAUAGUGCAGCACAAAUUUCAAAAUAUAAAAACAGUGUUAAAAAGACUAUAACAAUAAUAAUAAUAAUAAAGCAUAUUUAUGUCUGUGUACAGGAAUACUGUCAAAAUGCUAUAGAUGUAAUGAAAAAAGUAGAAAAUACACUGUUUUAAAACCA